AUGGAUAGGAGAUGCUUAAAAACAGAUGCAGCCUGUAUGGAGAAGUCGGAGGCUGAGCUAUCCAGCCCAGACACUUCAGGGGAUGCGGGCUACUUGGCCUGGAUAGUGGUGAGAAGCAAUGGGCCUGAUGGGGGAGGAGCCGACACGGAUGGGGGAGGAGCCGACACUGAUGGGGGAGGAGCCGACAAUGAUGGGGGAGGAGCCGACAAUGGUGGGGGAGGAGCCGACAAUGAUGGGGGAGGAGCCGACACUGAUGGUGGAGGAGCCGACACUGAUGGGGGAGGAGCCAACACUGAUGGGGGAGGAGCCAACACUGAUGGGGGAGGUGUACAGUGGACACUGUAG